AUGCUCUUAGCACGAGAAGAAAAUGAGAAAAGUGUGAAGACUAAUACUGAACCAGGCAACGAAACGGUUAAAUUAUUUGAAUCUUCUGAUGAAGCUUGGCCAGAAUUAGGAAAUGUAGACCAAUUGGACUUUUCCCUGUUUGACUCUUGUCCCAGUCCAUUCGACGCCUUGGAUUCAAAUAUUGAAGACUCUCCUGCUGAUGGGAGCAAUCAUCCAAUCCCGUCUCACGAAUUUGACCACGGGUAUUCAAUUCCACACAAUCUUCAAUUUUUAAAGGAUGCGGAUCUCUUCAACUUGCUUGCAUCGCCGUCAUCAUCGUCGGGAGUGAGUACGCUCUCAGGUCAAAAUGAUAUCACCAAUUCGCCGCCAGUCGCUGUUGUUGCUCCAAAUCAGGCAACAGUCGUCACAUCUGAAACACCAAAAGACGAAGAAAACGAGGAUGGAUGGUGUGACGUGGUUUACACGAAAUUUAACUUUUGCCGAGUAACACAAUACUUCCUCGUCAAUGGACAGAUUUCUAGUCAGGCCCCAGACGCGGACCUGGAACAAGAUUCGGAGUUGGGCAAGAAAUGUGUCCAACUGGAACCCGGGACAAAGUACAAGUUUCGAAUUGCCGCAAUUACCAAAUAUGGUCGGGGUCCGUGGACUGAGCGCCAACAUGCAUCACGAUUUCCAAGGAAGCGGAAGGAGCACGGAUUUCAUGGGACCCUUCAAGAAACGGCGAAACUCUCGAGUAUUGUGUCUAUCUCGGAUCAAGGAAUCUCCAUGAAGCAAGGCCUUCCUAAAUUUGUGGAUAGAAAGGCUGGAAGAUCUCUCUCAUUUCUUCAAGUUUAUUGUGGCACUUUCAACUAUUGCAUUGUUCAGAAUAUCUCUCUUGCCUCAGCUUAUAUUUUCAUGAACACGCAACCGGCGAUUUUAUUUCGUAUUGUGGCGAAAAACGAGAAAGGAUAUGGUCCAGUGACGCAAGUUCGGUGGCUCCAACCAGAAUCGGCCAUUUUAACUAUCAAGCGUACUGCUGAGCCACAACCUUCACUUGGAGGACGCAUAAAAAAGCGCAAAAGCGACAUCAAGGCUAGAAAAUAG